GCACCUCUGCGGCAAAGAAGCAUUUGCAGCACUUUGUUUCUUUCUUUUUAACUUUCCGUUUGAUGGCGGAGUAGUUUUGUGGUUUCUGCAAGAAUUAGAAUCAAUUUUGUACUCCAGCAAGUGGUACAAUGAGUUUAUCCGCAGCUAGACCUGUGGUCAGUGUGUACACUGAUAAGAAUGAAGCAGUGAAGGAUCAUGCGGUGCCCCUGCCCAGCAUCUUCAGGGCACCCAUCCGGCCGGAUAUUGUGAACGAGAUUCACCAGCUGAUGCGUCGCAAUCGUCGUCAGCCGUACGCCGUGAGUGAGAAGGCCGGGCAUCAAACGUCCGCUGAAUCCUGGGGUACUGGACGUGCUGUGGCUCGUAUUCCGCGUGUUCGUGGUGGUGGUACCCAUCGCUCAGGCCAGGGUGCCUUCGGGAAUAUGUGCCGCGGUGGGCGUAUGUUCGCCCCCACCAAGACCUGGCGUCGUUGGCAUCGUAAGAUCAAUGUCAAUCAGCGUCGGUAUGCUAUUGUGUCGGCUAUUGCGGCUUCCGGUGUCCCGGCUCUCGUGCAAUCCAAGGGGCACAUCAUCGAUGGCGUUGCUGAGUUCCCGCUGGUUGUCUCCGACAAGCUCCAGGAGGUCAACAAGACCAAGCAGGCGGUGGUUUUCUUGCGUCGCAUGAAGAUCUGGGCUGACAUCCAGAAGGUGUACAAGAGCCAACGCUUCCGGGCUGGUCGUGGAAAGAUGCGCAAUCGUCGUCGUAUCCAUCGUCGUGGACCAUUGAUUGUCUACGCCAAGAAUGAUGGCAUUAAGAAGGCUUUCCGCAACAUCCCAGGUGUGGAGACAAUGAAUGUUUCCAAGAUGAAUUUGCUUAAGCUCGCUCCUGGUGGCCAUGUGGGUCGCUUUGUCAUCUGGACCGAGUCAGCUUUCAAGCGCUUGAACAACAUCUUCGGCACCUGGACGAAGCCAUCCACGCAGAAGAAGGGCUACAAUCUCCCACAGCCCAAGAUGGCCAACACCGAUCUGUCGCGCCUCAUGAAGUCCGAUGAAAUCCGCCGUGUGCUCCGUCGCCCCAAGAAGCAAGUUAAGCGCCACGUUCGCCGGCUCAAUCCACUGAAGAAUGCCCGUGCCCUCGUGAAAUUGAACCCCUAUGCUGAGGUCGUGAAGCGCCGUGCGAUCCUGGAAUCCGAGAAGUGCAAGCUGCAGAAGAAGCUGGAGGCGUCGAAGCAACGGAAGAAGCCCCUGUCGAAGAAGAACUACAUCGUCAGGACGCUCCGUCGCGAUGAACUCCGCAAGGAGCAGCUGAAGAAGACGUGGGCCGCCAAGAAAGCAAAAGCACAAAAAGCUGCUGCUGCCAAGAAGUAAUUUACAAGAAUAUGUGGCCCCCAUACUUUCAAGGAAGUAUGAGAAAUAAAUAAUAAAAAAUCAUUUAAAAAAAAACAAGUAAA